AUGCCUUUGCUAUCUAUGCUUCCUGCUGAAUUGCUUCUCGACAUUAUUUUAGCUUUUGAAGGUGAUACUGUCGAUAAACUCCUUCAAAUCGGACAUAUUAAUCAAUAUCUACGCAACUUAUUACUCGAUCGGGCUAUCUUCUGGAAACGCAUUGAUUUGACAAGACAUAAAGACAAAGCGCCUGACACUCUUGUACAUAUUUCAAAAAUUCUUCCUUGUGAAUCACUCAAGCAGGCUGUUUCUGCUAUCAUUCUCGAUGGUACAGAAGUUAAGGAUUUCAACGUAGAAAUAUUCCUGCCGAAAUUUCCGAAUCUGCGAUUCCUGAGUAUUCGUGAAUGCCAUAAAUUGGUGUUGGAGGAUUUGCAUGAAGUUUUCGAAGGAUGGAAGAAGAAAAACGUGACAUUUCCAAAUCUGAAUGAAAUUGAUGCGACAGGGACUAACGGUAAUUCUUAUCCUCGUUACGAUGAUCACGCCGUUCAGAGAGGAACCUACAAGUCGAAAUCAUCUACCACCAAAAAUCGAUCAAACGUAAUGGUCAACACUACCGAAACCAUCCAGUUGCCAACAGGCAAAAGCGUUCAAAUAAGCACUGGCCUCUUUAUCAACAACGAAUUUGUUGAAGCAAUUGAUGGCAAACGGUUUGGAACCAUCAAUCCUGCAACGGGCAAACAAAUUACAACUGUCGCGGAAGCAUCUGCAAAGGAUGUCGACUUGGCUGUUAACGUUGCCAUACACGCGUUCGAGAGCGUUUGGAAAGGAGUUACCAGUGAGAAACGCGGACGUUUGUUGUACAAAUUGGCAGAACUCAUGAGAAGAGAUUUGGAAAUAAUUGCAGCAAUCGAAGCAUUAGAUAAUGGAAAGGCAUUUGAAAUUGCAAAGAAAAUGGACGUACCAGAGGCUAUCGGGACGUUUGAAUACUUUGCCGGAUUUGCUGAAAAGUUGAAUGGUGAGGUGUUCGAUACCCCUAACGAUAGGUUGAUAUACACGAGAAGAGAACCGAUCGGUGUGGUCGGUGCUAUUACACCGUUCAAUUUUCCAAUUGUGAUGGUUGCUUGGAAAUUGGGGCCUGCGCUUAUUACAGGCAAUGUGGUUAUUCUCAAAGUUGCUGAACAGACGCCGUUGAGUGCUUUAUAUCUUGCCGGACUAAUCAAAGAAGCAGGAUUUCCUCCGGGUGUUGUCAAUAUUUUGACUGGAUGGGAGGAAGCAGGCAAAGCCAUUGCCAGCCACAUGAAGAUUGAAAAAGUCGCGUUUACUGGUUCUACUGAAGCCGGUAGAAGUGUCCUCAAAGCUGCUUCUGAAAGUAAUUUGAAGAAAGUAACCCUUGAACUUGGUGGUAAAUCCCCAAAUAUUAUUUUUGCCGAUGCUGAACUUGAAAAGGCCGUUGAAUGGUCCCACAAUGGAAUCUUCUUUAAUCAUGGGCAGUGUUGCUGUGCUGGAUCGCGUGUAUAUGUUGAAGAAAGUAUCUAUGAAAAGUUUGUGGAAAAGUUUAAAGAACAUGCGGGUAAAAUAAAAAUCGGAGAUCCAUUCAAGGCGGAUACGUACCAAGGGCCACAAGUAUCUCAAGAGCAGUUUGACAGUAUCAUGUCAUAUAUUGAGGCGGGAAAGUCGGAAGGUGCUACGUUGGUAAUGGGAGGUAACCGACACGGCGAUCAAGGAUAUUAUAUCGAACCAACAAUUUUUACUAAUGUCGACGAGUCUAUGAAAAUCAUGAAAGAAGAAAUAUUCGGACCAGUUGUUGCAAUUGAUAAGUUUAAAACAGUUGACGAGAUUAUUGAACGAGCGCACUUGACUCACUAUGGUCUUGCAGCCGCUGUGUUUACGAAAGAUAUAUCCAAAGCAUUUUCGAUUGCAAAUAAAUUGAAGGCCGGUACAGUUUGGGUUAAUUGCUACAAUGUGUUCAGUCAUUCAGUGCCCUUUGGCGGAUACAAAGAAUCCGGUCUUGGAAGAGAAGGUGGAAAAUAUGCUUUGGAUAAUUUUACUGAAAUUAAAACAGUUUGCGUUAAUAUGGGAGCGAAACUGUAA